UUGUCAUGGAAGAGCAUGAAGCAGCAGCUGGAUCUGUGGAGAAAGCCGCAGCAGGUGUAGAAACUGGAGUCAGAGAAGCAGACACUGUGAGGGUUAUUGAUGAGACGCUAGGAACUGAAUUCAUUGAUGAGGUUGUAGAAGGAGUUGGAGCCACUUUAGACGAGACAGGAGAGUAUUCAGCUGUAAUGGCAAAAAUUCAGGAGGACAACAAAGAUCAGGCUGUGCUGUCAGAAGAAAAAGGUGCAACACUAACAGAAAUACAGGAGACAAAGGAAACUCUGGAUGUUGAGGAGGUGGCAGUACACAGAGAGUCUGAACUCAAUCUUGGAGAGGCUGAUGUGGAACAGAUAGGAGAUAAGGAAGAAACUCGGCUAGACAAAACAGCAGGUGAGACAAUAGCACUGCUUUUGGACAAUUAUCAGAUAGAAGCCACACAAACUGCAGUCAGAGAGCCAAUACUUGAGGAGGAAGAUGCAAACAUAGCUAAAGAGCCAGAUGGACCAGAAGAAAAACAAGAACAAGGUCAUUUAGUGGAGGAAGGAGCUUCAGUAGAGGUAGAAUUAGGAGGUACAACUGUGGGGGAAGCAAAGGUAGAUGACAGAGAUGGAGAGAGUGUGAUCAAGGGGAAAUCAGUGGUGCUUGUGAAUAAAAGAGAUGGCCAAAAAGAAGCAGAAGAGGAGCAGCUUGCUUCGGAGACUUCAAUUGACAGUACAAAAAAGGAUCAAGAUGUGGUGGGGAUCUCUGGCCCAGAACCUGAUGGUGGUGCUGAAACCACCAUGUUGCAGAGCUCUGAGAACCAGGCUUCCACUGUGGAUUUAUUCCUCAUUGAUGUGGAGACUGAAGAAAGAAACCUAGAUGAUGAGAAAUUUAACAGCAAUGAGAUCAUCACCCCGACCAAUGACCUUUUCCUGUAUGACCCAGCUGAUGCCCAUUCUACACUGGAUAAUUUUAUGAAUGAUGAUCUAGCCGAACACCCCAGGACUGAAGGAGAGGCAUUGGGGGAAACCAAUGAGCUCGUUAAAGAUCCAGAAUCAACUGAAUUAGGCUUGGAACCAUGGAAAAUCGGAGCUGCUACUGCUGCAGUUUUCCUGGUUUUGCAGACCGCCGUCAUCAUUAUCUAUAUCGUCAAACGUCGUCACAAAAACAACAGCCUGCCCCGACAGCGUGCAUGUGAGGAAGAGUGUGUUGAGCCAGAGGCAACUACAGGAGAUGACUACAGUGAUGAUACACUGCCUGCGGGCAAUGGUGACCCUCAACAGAUGGCUGCAGUUGACCCAGCUAAUAUGGCUUCAACCCUGGCCAAAAUAAAUGACCAGCAAGGAGAUGAGCAUGCAAUAGCUAUGUCAGACCUCCUGCCCAGCUCUACAGAUGAGUGGGCCAAUAUUGGAUCAGGACCAAAUUCCUCACAAGACCUCAGGACUUCCUUUCUCUAGGGGGUCCAACUGUUUUCUCAUUCAUGCUAUAUCUAAAUUAAGCUCAAUGAGCACACAGCCAGUGAAUUACCUAAACAUUUCACACCCUAACCAAACCCAGUAGUGACUGUCUCACAUUCCCAAGCGUAUUAACUACUGUAUAAUCAUCUUACACUUAGUGCGUAUGACUUGCGUAUGAUUUGUGUUUUUGCAUGUGUAAAUUUAAAAAAAAAAAAGCCUAACAAUUUUGGAUUUUGGCAUAUAUGACUGUGUGACUGAGUGAACAGAGAAACGUGUGUUUGAAAACACUGUGUACAUGUGCAAGUGUGCAAAUGUGAUAAACCUUUUAUGUAUCUACUGCUGUCUAGUGGUUUGAUGUCUAUAAACACUUUAGGCUGCACUGGAAUUGUUGAGCAACGGUUUUCAAAGUGGCCACAUCGCUCAUGCUGUACAAAGCUGCUGAACUGCCACGAGCAAUCAUCCCAUUUUAUCAGCAAGUCUGAAGUCUGAGAAUACUGGCUGCAACAUGAAGUGCCUCAUCUGAAAAGUCUUUAAAAUGUAAAACGAUUUUUUAAAAAUGGAUUUGAUUUUUAUUCUGCGCAAGUCUUGACUUGUGUAUCAUAAGUUUUGCUUUGAGUAGAACAAAAUUAAGUGUCCAAAGAAGCAACUAGAUCCAUAAACUCCAGUGCCGGGUUCCACUGGCCACCACACACCACAACCAUGCCCCUAUCAUAUUUUUCUCUUCCCGUCAUUCUUCUGCAAGUUUAUCAUCUGACCUGUUUUUUCUCAGAACUGUGCAGGCUCUUUCAGAGGAUUUCUAAAAAACACUCAUCUGACCUUCAUGUUCUUGAGUGUAACCGGUGGUUUGCACCUUGUUGUAAACCCUCUGUGUUUCAUGUUUGUAGACGUUAACAAUGAUAUCGCUAAUAUUUUGAGAGUGUCAUCUUGGUUAGAUUUUUUAAAGUUGUUUUUCUUAGCAGUUGAAAUAAUUCUGAGAAUACAGAGAAAAGUGACAAAAAUACAAACUUAGGACUUUGAAUCAACUUCAGAUAUUAUGUUUGCUUCAUUUAUUAUGAAAUAACAACAAGGGACCAGGCCUCGUGUCACCAUGAAACCGCUUGUCAGUCAAUUGUCCAAUUAUUUUUAAGCCUUUGAAAACGAGGGACCGUGCAUAAAAUUGGCUGCAUCUCCUAAAGUGCUAGUGUAAAAAUACUGUAAAACUGCUGGAAUUAAAGCUGACAGUCUGUACUUCAAUCACGUCUUGAUUGCUUAAUUUGAAAAUCGUCUUUUGGAGUGUACAGAAACAAAACGAAA